AUGACUCAACCAAAUGUUACAGUUCUCUCAGCGAAUUACUCUGGUGGCUCAGAAUCGGGUAAUUUGUACCGUCCAUUUUCUGUCUUCAGCGUUCUCACCCUUACUUUGCUGGCCAUGCUAGUGGUGGCCACCUUUGUUUGGAACCUUCUGGUUUUGGUGACCAUUCUGAGGGUGCGCACCUUCCAUCGCGUUCCCCACAAUCUGGUUGCCUCCAUGGCCAUCUCGGACGUGAUGGUUGCAGGACUGGUUAUGCCUCUAAGUUUGGUUAGGGAGCUGUAUGGUCGCUGCUGGAUUCUGGGUCGGGCCUUGUGUCAGGUCUGGAUCUCUUGCGACGUGCUCUGCUGCACAGCCAGUAUCUGGAACGUGACAGCCAUUGCCCUAGAUCGUUACUGGUCCAUCACACGACACCUGGAGUACACACUUAAGACACGCAAAAGGAUCUCCAAUGUGAUGAUUGGCCUCACGUGGCUACUCUCAUCUGUUAUCUCACUUUCGCCACUCUUUGGUUGGGGUGAGACCUACUCAGAAGAGCGCCUGACUUGUCAAGUAAGCCAGGAGCCCUCCUACACAGUAUUCUCCACUUUUGGAGCCUUCUACCUGCCCCUCUGUGUGGUACUCUUUGUCUACUGGAAGAUCUACAAGGCUGCCAAGUUUCGCAUUGGCUCCUGCAAAACCAACACCAUCACACCAAUGGCUGAGGUCAUAGAGGUAAAGGAGGCAGAACGGCAGCCGCAGAUGGCCUUUACGGUUCGUCACGCCACUGUAUCAUUCCAGACAGAUGGUGAGACGUGGCGGGAGCAGAAAGAGAGGAGAGCUGCUCUGAUGGUGGGCAUCUUGAUUGGUGUAUUUGUGCUCUGUUGGAUUCCCUUUUUCCUUGCUGAGCUCAUCAUUCCGCUCUGUUCAUGUGACAUCCCCCCUGUCUGGAAAAGUGUCUUUCUAUGGCUAGGCUACUCAAACUCCUUCUUCAAUCCACUCAUCUAUACAGCCUUUAACAAGAACUACAACAAUGCUUUCAGAAACCUUUUCUCCAGACAGCGAUAA